AUGUUGGCACUGACGGCGCCUAAGUCAGUACUGACCAACGUGCUGGGUGUUCAUACGUCAGUUGGUGUGCAGCCAGCAAGUAUAUCAUACAUUCUGCCUGCAGAGUCGGCUAAGCAGUUUCCAAGUCUUUUUAACCAGCUUGACCAGCACAUCACUGUUGCUGAAAGGAACCUUGGCAUUGAAAGCUAUGGCAUCUCCAUGACAACACUUGAAGAGGUUUUUCUUGUUCUAAGUGAAGAAAAUGAAGAGAGUGAAAUUCAUUCUAUGGAAGAUAUAGGUCAUAAAGUAUUAAAAGACAAGUCGUCAUCUUCUUCUCCUCUUCAUACAUCAUCCUCAGAAGUACAAGAGCAAAAUAUGAAUGGAACACAGCAAACUGGAGAUAGGGUUAAUAUUAUGGACACAAAUGGAUUUGCCAUAAAUGCAGUGGAUGUCAAGUAUGACGCCUGGCGAGCAUUCAAGGCCCUGUUGAAAAUCCGCUUCAUUAAUGUCUCUCGGGAAGUGUUAGCAGUUAUCUUCUUAAUUUUUUUCCCCCUUGCCUUUGUUAUUGGAUCAAUUGCCUUGGCUGAUUCUCAGAAUAUAGAAAUAAUACCUGAUAAAGCUCUGCAUUUAGUUCCUGAAAUCUAUGAGCCAAAUCUGUAUGGUUUAUUGCUGCAGAACUCUACAGAUCAUGAACUGUCAGACAUAGAAUCAGUCUUUGAAGCAGCAAAUAUGGCAGUUGAUGCUUACUCAGGCAAUUAUACAAAGAUUCCUGAGCUUGGGAUGCACAUGGCUGCUCUCAAUGUUGCAAGUUUUCCACGGGCCACGAAUGGUGUUCCAGCAAACCUGACUCUUCUGUUUAAUGACACAUACUUACACUCCAUUCCAAUUCUCGUUAACCUUAUUAGUAAUGCUAUACUGAGAUCCCUUGAAGAAACAGAUGUGAUUAAUGUUUCAACUCACCUUCUUCCAAGCAUCUUGGAGAGUGUCAGUUUUGACGUCUCGACAUUUAUGGCUCCAAUGAUGAUUGGUUAUACUUUCUCACUGAUCCCAGCUGGGCUCGUUAUUGAUCUUGUAUAUGAUAGAGAGGUAAGUGAUUACACUUUUCACUAGAUGAAAAUGUGUAAUUUCUUAUGUGCACAUUUUUUUCAAUGAAAAGAUUAAGCAGUGUACGUGAGUAAAAUGGUUGAGAUGUGUUUUGUGGGAUGAUUGAAGACAGGGUAUUUAUGGAAGGAUUGGUGGAAUGUGUAUGUGAGAAGAGAGUUAGUAUUAAUGUACAAGAGUACAGUAAAGCCUCUAUGUAACAGACUAAUUUGGGGGGUAAGGACUGGUGGCUGUAAUGGCAGUUGUGUAACCAAUGGACUUCUUUCUUCAGUUACAAAUCAGGUAGCCUAGUGAAUUUUUGUUGUUUUUCAGAAGUUCAUUGUAUACAUAUCAUUUACAGUAGGGCUCCACUUUAUGACAUUUGCCAAUACAGGCAUUUCAAAUUAUGGCCAAAAUUUGUUAUACAGCUCCCUCCCUGAUUCGCUAUUACAACAUCCACACACCAUGUUUGUCUACAGCCUCUGUGAGCUCUGCGUCUCUCAAUUAUGUCUUGAAACUUUCCAAAAUUUCAAGUGUUUUAAAGUUAUUGCAUAUAUUAUAUAUACAGUAGGGCCCCAGGUUAGGUUAGGUUCCAAGCUACUACCAGAAAGCAGAACACCAUUUUUUCCACUUAUAAAUGCAUAUAAAUGCCAGAUAACAAGAUUACACUAGCAUAUAUUAAUUUAGCAAUCAAACUAGGCACUAAUAAACAAUAAAACGUAAAAUACACUCACAGUACACUCAUUACUUACCUCAAAAUAUUUGCAGUCUUAAUGUAGGGUGAGAGGUGAGUAGUAUUUAUUGUAAGAGGUCAGGUGUGGUAGGUAUGGCCACCCCACCCAUACGCAACACAGUGGAACCCCAGAUUUCGUCCUUAAUCCAUUCGAGAAGGUCAGUCUAAAUCUGAAACAGACAAAAACCAAAGCAACAUUUCCCAUAAGAAAUAAUGUAAAUACAAUUAAUCCGUUCCAGACACCCAAAAAUAUUAACAAAAAAUAAAUUUUUUCACCCUUAACCCCUUGACUGUCGCAACCCCCAAUCCUGAGGUGUCAAGUGGGUUUCGAUAACGUGGAUGGGGUAAAAAUACUCACAUAGGCUGGUUUGUACGUAUAAUAUAUAACGGGAAGUAUAGGAAAGCACCAACAGCCGACCUGCCUCUCUCUGCUCCCUUUCUUCGACUGACCCACAAGUGCCUACAGGGUGAGGGGUGUUUGAAAUCCUUCUAUGGUCAGCAGCAAUAUGAACAGUCAAUGAUUCACGCAGAUGGUUGGUAGUGAGUCAUCUACUGGUACACUGGUUACUGGUAACUGGUUACUAGGAACUGGUACUACUGCUGAGAGCUCGGCGACACUAACGUAUGUCGUCCCAACAUACAGCUACUACAAACUAGAGACGGCAGGUGUACGGCUUGGGCUGAUUCUAUACAAUGUCAAAGUACACAACAUACAUAAGUAGAAUAUUGGAAUGGAAGCUUACGUAAUUGAAACUGUAAUAAAACUGUAACGCAUUACAAGGUAUGAUAUAGCACAACUCAUUGAAUGAAACUCAACAUUGGGAUUACACAAUAGAAGUGAUAAAAAAAAAUUUGAUCGAUCGAUCUGUAUUCAUGUGAUCUACGGAUUCUGAGGAAGGAAUAUAUACAAAGAAAGAAGUGUUUAACAGAAAGGCAGAUUCGGCGCACUCAAAUCUAGACUGUUAACUCUCAGAAUUUGGAGAGAACAUGAACACAAAAAAAAAAUUCUUGAAUACUGAUAAGUGAUACUGUAAUUAUUCAUCUAUACAGGUUAUUUACAUUUAACCCCAACUCUGCUAGGGUGAAAUUGAUAUAUGCAGAAUGGGUGUCAUCUCUGGGAGGAUCAAACUCUGUUACACUGGCUAACUCAUGCUGUAUUUGAGGCAAAUCUGAAUUGGUAGUUACAAAUAAUACUUGAGGAUUUCUCAAUACCUGUCGUGUACGUAGGGAAUAACGACAUUCAGGUUGAUCGUCUGACUGAGUAUCAGAGGUAGAGAGU